UUCCAGGUCUAUUAUAUCCACUCUGUUCAACACCGUUAUCUCGUAGUCCACGUUGUGAAUUUUCACAGGAUACUUCAAUAACAACUGAUGGUUCAAUGUUACCACGUACUAAUCGACCACGUGAAUUACGAAUUGCACCAUCAUCAUCAUUAAUGAUACGUACAACAGAUAAUAGUAAUACGGUAACAUCAAAACAAACCACUGGUAAAUAUCCCGCUACAUUUCGUGUGUACGGUACAUCAGGAAAUACAACUCCUGGUAGCAGUGGUACAAGUGCACCGGUUAUGGUUGAUAAAAUAGUGCCAAUGAAUUCGACAACAAAUUCCCGAAAGACCAAAGAAGACAAUUGCUGUUAUCAUUUACCGCAAUUUGAUUAA